UGAACUUCUACUUACGUAGUACCAGUGCGAAGUGAGAGUGUGAAGCUCCGUCCCAGAUGCAGUACUCUAAAUCCCUCCUUCGAGGUCUCACCACUCUGGAACGAUACACCUGCUCUAUCUACCAUGCCCAACGUAUUCUAUCUUCCCGUUACUUUCGAACGACCUCAGCCUGUUCAACGUCAAGAAAGGACGUUGAUGCGGAUCCCGACUCAUUGAGGGCUAAACCCAAGGCAAAAACAAACCUGAGGCGUACAGCCUCUGCAUCUUUACCUAUACGAUCGAACCCGACACCUACGCGAGGCGAAAUCCAAACUGUUUUCACGCUUACAACAUCUCAACGGUACCUUCUAUCGCGCCUUAGAGGACUUCCAAACCCUCCAGAACAUUCUCGCAUUCUCCAUGAAUCAUGGUGGGUGCCAGCGUGGGGACCAGACGGAAAGAAGAAGAAGGGUGAAGUUUUUGUUUUCGGGAAUGGAAGCUUUGUGUGCUGGGGUCUAGAAGAAGAAGACGCCAAAAAAUUUGGGAGCCAAGUUUUAGGACGCGUUCCCGAGUUCCAAGUCGCGCCAUUGAAGGUUCCAGAGACCGAAGAACUGGAGUUUGUGACAGAUCCUUCUCAAGAAACUCGUUUACAGGGAGAUUUGAUCAUCCUCGGAAAGACAUCUUCUCCUAGCUCUGAGGAUAUACUUCCUACCCAACUACCACCCACGGCUCUACCUCAGGAAACACUACUGGCUCGAUACGCGUUUUCACAGGCACUCUCUCGAUCCACGGCACUAUCAGCUUUGGAAGUGUCGUUGAACGACUACCUUUCUUCCAUGGCAUCGCUUCCGCAUUCACUGGAGGAAACGAGCAAGCCAGGCAUGGGUCGUAAACAGCUCAUCAUGAAACUCGGCCAGUUGAUGAAAUUCAGGCAAGGUCUGAACCUGAACAAGGAGAAUUUCAGCGAUGUCCCGGAUUUCUAUUGGGAGGAGCCGGAAUUGGAACGUCAUUUCAAGGCAAUGAGUGAUGCGCUGGAGGUCAAUCAUCGGACUGACUCUGUCAAUGACAAGAUAACAUAUGCUGCUGAGGUCCAAUCGGUAUUACGACAACUCCUCACGGAGUCUUCGACCCAUCGAAUGGAGCUGGUUAUUAUCGCGCUUAUCGCGGUCGAAGUUGUAAUUGCUCUCAUCAGGGAUGGCCCAGAGUUGUGGGAUAUGGUUCAAGGUAAACCAUCAGAGGUGUAAAGACCAAGCGUCGCAUAGUCGGUGUAUAUAAGCCCACGAUUAGCUUCUGUUCACAAAAAGCUCCUCUCAGACACUGUCGAUUCCCAACUCAACUAUACUGUAUUCCAAU